UUAGAUGUGUUGUGUUGGAAAGGCUAUUAACCGCAGGUUUCUAUGCGAUGUUUGGUUGAUAGUUUUCAAAUGCAACCCUUACACUGAACACUGAGCACAUCCCGGGGGAGUGGUGGAAGUAUGUCUAAGAGCGAACUAUUUUGUAUCAUUGUUUUGAAGGGUUGCAUUUUAUUUACCGCCACAAAAUCCCAUCGCAAGAGUCUUAACUCAGAUUCAACGUCCGUGUAUGCGAACUAAAGUCACCUACACACACUCCGAUAAUGUGAUACGGGCAGUAAAAAGCGCUGGUAUCCCUUGAAGAAUAAUAGUGCUGUCUGCUGUAGCGGUAUUCAGCAACCGAGCUUUGUAUUUCAAGGCUCUUCAUUUGGAAAGUUUUCCCCGUAUACCAAAAAGCACAACACCCGUCGUAUAUCCGUGUUAAACAAGUCGUUCAUGACAAAAAUCACAGACAUGUUAUCCACUGGAGCGGCAGUCCAAUCGAUUGUAGGACUAGGCCUGCAUAUUACCCGUGUGAAGAUUUCAAGUGACUUCUCCCAUAUCAAUGUAUAUUGGCUGGGCCGCACAGAUGAACAAGAAGGAGGUGCUCCCGAAACAGAGCUGUGGCACUAUAGCAGUCAACGCCAACAUGAGCUCACACAACUGCGUCUUAUGGGUAAAAUACCCCGUAUAAAAUUUAUCCGCGACAAGACGUGCGGUAUUGGAUAUGUUCAGACGCUCGAAAGUACCAUCAGCUCGUUGCGCUCCGAAAACGAGAGAUCCUGGAAAACUCGGACUUAUCAGAGUGGACAUGGGUUCCAUCCGCUCUGAACGUAGCAGAUGAUGGAGCAAAGUGCACCAAAGAAUCGAGUUUCCAACCAGACGCGAGAUGGUUCCCCGGUCCUCCGGUUCCUAUUUGAUGAAGAAGAAUACUAGCCAACUGCACAGCUCAACUCGAGUAAUCUUUUGCAACAUGGAAGAUGUCAACAUCGUUAUAUACCGGAUGGUCCAAGAAGAGGCUUACUCUGAAGAAAUGGCUCUUCUACGACAAGGAAGCAUCUUUCAGCAUCAGCUUACUGAGAUCGUCGACAACGAGAUGAGACAAUUGUACCACAUAUCAGGACUGCGAGCAGGAGUUCGCGACAUAGCGAAAACCUGCCAAAGAUGUCGCAAUAAAGGAGGGCUUCCAGAGGCACCGGAGAUGGGAAGCUACCACCAGAGAGGCUGGCAAUCAACGAAUUGCCAUUCACAAACAGAGGUAUCGACUAAUUUGGACCACUGGAAGUAAACGUAGGAAGAUGACGCGAGCAAAAAUGGGGGGUACUAUUCACGUGCCUCACCGUGCGAGCAGUACACAUCGAACUGACAAACUCCCAGUCAACAGACGCAUUCAUGCUCACAUUUGAAAUGUUCGUAGCCCGUCGAGGAGUCCCUAAGAGAAUCGUGUCAGACAAAGGGACAAACUUCCGAGGAGCCAGCCGAUUACUACGAGAAGAAAUCGAAAGAGUCCUACCGAACGAACUGGAAACCAAGUACCCUCAAAUAGAAUGAUCCUUCAUACCCCCAGGAGGACCCCAUAUGAGAGGUGCGUGGGAAAGGAUGAUUAGAUCGGUGAAAUCCAUACUAGCCGAAUACAAAGGGCGACAGCAGCGCAAUAAGAGUUAUGCUUGGUAAGAGUUUUCGCAAUGCAGGGCAGAUCGUGGACAGCUUCAGAAAACGAUGGCUGAAGGAAUACCUACCGUGCCUUACGCCACGAACCAAGUGGCAUGGACCUCCAACUAACCCCAUCCAACUCGGAGACGUCGUGGUUCUAGCAGACGAAACAAGCCUCAAGGUGCAGUUACCUUCAAGUAGCCAAGGACGGGAUCGCUCGCAGCGCGGUGAACCGCACUGCAUCUAGACUGCUAAGUCAGCCAAUAGUUAAGCCAAGUUAGAAGUGAAGACAACGAAUCGAACCAUGGACCAAGACGUAACCAGAAGCUUGGCACACAUCACGACAAGCGACGAAGUUUGUGAAAGAGGGAAUGUUACGGCAGAAACCGCAGUGGCAGUAAAAAAUAUUCCUAAAUACCUAAAAUGUACCCAAUAGCACAAACAUUAACAGGAAGAAGAAGAACAUGAAGGAAGGAAAGUUAAAACUGAAGCGGUACAAGUUUUUUAGCCCCUCUAAUAUUUAAUACCCCUGCACCAUCUUUUGUAACUUAAAGCAUUAUAAACUAGCAGUGAAAAUACACCACACAUAACAUCUGAAUAAAGCAAAACUUGAACUACAAAACAA